AUGCCCGUCCCCACCGCCGACCUCUUUGACAAGCAACAAAACGAAGCCAGCGGCACACAACCUCCCAGAUCUGCUACACACACUUCCACCGACCAGAACAACCACAGCUACUUCGGGGCUGCGCCUGGCAACUCAGCCAGUGCGUCGCAGAAUGCUGAUAGUGGUCGCGCUCUGACCAAGGAGGAGGCCGAUCGCCUGUACGAGGAGCGGAUGGAGGAGGAAUACGCGAAGAGGGAUGGCGGUGCCUAA